CGAAAGGGCUGCUGCUGACUUCCAAAUGGGCCUCUCCAGCUCUGUGCCCUCCAUUCAUUCCUGAUUCCAAGCCCGUCGCCGUGCACGGCUCGCACCGCUCGUCGCCAGCUCUCUUCCCUCUCAGUGCUGCCGAGGCCACUUGCAGCUGUCGCGCGUGGGCUGGGUGACCAUCCCCAUCACAAAAAAAAACCCUCCAAAACUCCUUCAGAGCACCAUCAUUCGGGCAUUGCCCUACAAAUCCGUGCCUGCGCCCUCGCUGACCACCCGACUCGACUCGAGGUAUACUUCUUGAACGAGGGAUCCCCACUGCACCUUUUCGCGACACCCUUCGUUCGCUUCCUUCCUCUUCACCUCGUGAGCAAUCAUUACGCGCACCGUCCGUCCCGUACGCAAGCGCGCCAGUCAUUGUCGCGUUUGCAGGGGCGUCUACACUGUGCUCUGGAGUGCAGACCGGCAGCAGAGCUCAUUUCCGUCGCGUAGCGGUCACGCCGUCGUCUCCCAUCUCGCCGUCGCUGGAUGCACCUUCGUUUCGGCGACGGGGGCGACGCCGGAAUGGCCACUGAGCACAGCGCAUCCCACAUUCGAGCACGAUCCGGUCCAUACCCGUCUCCUCAGCCGUACCCAUCGCCGCACAUGCAGCCUUCGUACGCUUAUCCUUCUCCCCAUGGGAACCCCGCCGAGCCCUUUCGACAUUCGCCCGCGUCCUCGAACGCGGCGUUGCCUUCGGUGAGCCUGCCGCCUCUGCGAAGCAUCGACGGUCAGCAUCUGCCUCCUCCACCGCACCAGCUCCUACCGCACACGGCUGGGCCACACAUGGGACGCGGGAUGCCGCCAAUGGCUCACUAUUACGGGCACCCGCCGCCAGGCAUGCCUCACCCAGGCCACGCGAUGCAGUACGCACGUUACGCACCCAUUCCUCAAGGCACUGCAAUACCCGGCAGCCGGGGUAAGAAGGAGAUCAAGAGACGAACAAAAACCGGGUGCUUGACGUGUCGAAAACGUAGGAUCAAGUGCGACGAACAACAUCCCGUGUGUCGCAAUUGCCAAAAGAGCAAGCGAGAGUGCCUAGGCUACGACCCGAUAUUCAAGCAGCAGAGUGGGCCUCAGGCGUUACAGCCUGCGCCUGGAGGCACGACGUCCUCGGCAUCCCCCACCCCGUCAACCGCAACGUCAGGCGCUGCACCGUACUCGCCCGCACAAGCAACGUAUCCCUCUCAACAGUCAAGCUCGACUUUCCCGCAGAACCCUCAAAACGUCUCCGCUCCAUCACCCAAGCAACCGAAUCCAUUGCUCGAAGGCAGCCCAGCAAUCGAUCCGGCCUUGGCGAGCUCGCCUAUCGCCGAGCGUAAACCUUACGACCAAAGUAAUAUAUCCGCGCCGCCCACAAUGGACGUCGCAAAAUUGAAGCCAGCGCGGCAACUGAGCAUCUCGGACCUCUUCCAAGUUGGACAGUAUGGCCCGUACGACAUAUCUAGCGACGGCUUGCUCGAUGAGACCAUGUUGGGCGAGGUGCAAAAUUACUAUCGCAAAGAUCUGGCCCCUGGCUUCGAUCGACUGCUCGAGACGGACUGGUUCUCGUCGUCUGGCCUAGCCAAACUACUUUCAAUGCGAUCGCUAUGUGUGGAGAUAGCAGAGCUGCUCCAACACUUCACCCGUCUCAGCGCUCAGAAUGGCGCAGAUGCGGAAUAUCGUUGCAGAGCAACGGAGGCAAGAGCUGUGUGGAACUUGCUCUGCCUGUGCAAACCAGAUCAUCCCGAACCUCAGAUUGACUUGGAAACUCCCCAUGGUCGCCUAGAGGUACUGGAGUGCCUUCUUACGAACCGGCUGGUUCCCGAGCAGAACCUGAAGCCAACGGUCUGGGAGCAGAGCUGGUCUCGCGAAAAGACGGAGGACCUGAUGUUUUGGACCGCCUUGUCCAAGUUCCUGGCACGACGCAGCGACGUGCCCUCAUCAGCAUCCGAAAUGGACAAGUUUCUGGUGCAAUGCCGCAGCAUGCUGAACGGUCGUGAGAACCGAGACGUCUUCUACUCCCUGAUGGUCACAAGACACAUUGGCUGGCGGGUCGCAGGGUUCCCGCACGCUAUGCAUCCGGAGCAAGGCGGUGAGAGCUCUUCCAUCAACAAGGUGUACAUCGCACACAAGUUCAUCGCAGAUGAGGCGGGUUACAGAGGCACCAAUCAUCCAAUCCAGCGUAUCUGUGACAUGGCCAUGCGCAGCUGGGCCAUUGGCUGGUGAUGCACUCGGUUCAAUCCUCGGUGGUUGUUGCACAUGGAUGAUGGGUAGAGGAGAUGCUGUCGGGGGGCGGGCUUUCUCGGCAAAGUAUGGCAGCUAACUCACAGCCGCAGGUUUUCUGCCACAACAAUGUUCUCUCAUGCUAGAGUGGGAUAAUUCUGUAGGACUAGCAGGCAUGGCCAAUCGUUUUUCAUCUUCUUGUUUUCUACUUUUGGAGGGCAAGCUGGUCGUCUCUAGAGCGCGCGGAUUCGCAAGUCGUAGGGUGAAGACGGAGGACUUUUAUAUCGAGAAUCUUUCAACAACACAAGUUUCACUUUGUAGCGUACUCGUAACGGAACAGAAGCCACGGUCGUGCAAAACAUAUGGCGCUGGCUGUGAGGAAUCACAUACCCCAAAUGCAAUACUCUUUCAAGAAGA